AUGGGAUAUCCUCAGGCUAAUGGACAAGCCGAAAAUUUCAAUCGCACGCUCCUCCAUGACUUGAAAGCCAGACUGCAUCAAGUCGGGAUAUCCUGGGUAGAAGAACUCCCCAGUGUGUUGUGGUUCUAUCGAACCAUCCCGAGGUCUGCUACACAAGAAAUCCCGUUUUUCCUAAUUUAUGGGUCCGAAGCAGUGGUCCCUGCCGAAUUCAUCACUUCAAACCCUCGCGUAGCAACCUUUGCCGCCGAGGUUAAUGAAAAAGAAAGAAAAGUGGACCUCGAUCUUGCCAAGGAGAAGAGAGACAUCGCAGCAGCUAAAGUGGCAGUGUAUAAAAUUAUCCUGACUAGCUAUUAUAACGUACGAGUUAGGCAUCUUCGUUUCAAUCCGGGAGAUUUAGUUCUGCGAAAGAAUUCGGUUAGCCGAACUGAAUCUCAAGAAAAAUUAGCUCCCAAAUGGGAAGGGCCGUAUCGUGUCAUUGAAUCUAGCCGAAAUGGUUAUUAUAAACUAGCCUACUGUGAUGGCUCUUUAGUGCCCCGAACUUGGCUUGCGGAGAUUUUCAAAUUCUAUCAUCCAUGA